AUGCCAGGAACAAAGGUUAUAAAGCCUAAACCAGUGGAGGCGACAAGGAAAAGCAUCGAGAGAGCCAAACCGGUGAAGGAAAGAGAGACUAAAGGAGCAGAGAAUGAGCGUAAAGUGCCGGCUGUGCGUAAAAGCCGCGCGGCCAGUUGCCCCAGAUGCCCCCCCCAGCAGCAGCAGCAGCAGCAGCAGCAGCAGAGGGGCAGGUUAGGGGCCACAGGAGCCUCCAGAACCAACUGUGCCAGAAGAGCCAGGUCCAGCUCCACGGCUCCCAGACUGACAGGGACCGGGCCCAAAGCAAACCCGGACUGCAGGAAGGGGAGCAGCUCGGUGAGUCACGCCGCCGCGGUGAGCCUGAAGAGCGGGGAAGCAAGCAGCGGCUGCCCGGUGCAGAGAGAGCCGCGGAGCCUCCGAGCUGAAGCCAAGUAUGCAAACCAGAGCCACAAAGCGUUCACCGUCAUCCCCCCGAACCCCAAGAAGAGACGAGAGAUCCAGAGGAAGGCGGAGGCGGAGCUCGCCGCUCUGGAGGAGCUGCGGCUGAGCAGAGCGAUGGCCUACGUCUCUAUUAACCCCAGCAGUGUUGGUGGGUGUUUGAGUCUGGAGGAAGUGCGGCUGAAGCAGCAACAGGAAAUGAUGCGGGCCAGGAGCAGGAAACGGCUACAGGUGGUGAAGCAGCAGGUGUUGGAGCAAACGACCGUCCUGACCAGCUGAGCGUCUCCUUGUCUCCUUGUCCCC